CUUGCAUGUUUUUAUUCUAUGUACAUACGGAUUAUUAGCAUAUUAGCUUAACAAUUGCACUUGUUUUCUUUUAGAAAUGAAUGCACAAUUAUUUUACGGUAGUUUGCAAUACGUGAACGAAAUCGAUGAUCCGUUUCUAAGUGAUGAUGACAGCAUAGCCGAUUCCGAAGACAAAGUUGUUGAAAAUCAAAAAAUCCAAGAGGAAGAUCUUUAUAUUUCGGAGACCGAUGAAAGUAGUUCCGAUGAGAUCUGUGAAAAGCCGUGCACUUCUAAAGCAAAGCCAAAGCCAGUGCCAAGAAAAAAUACAAAAGCACCGAUAUGGAAAGCUGGUCACUUACCACCGUAUUUGGAUGAGACCUUUCCAUUUCAAGGAAAUACCAAUCAUUCAACUUGUAUCAAUGAACUGGAGACACCGGCAGACUUUUUUAAUUUUUUUUUCAACGACGAUCUGAUGAAUUUCUUGGUUGAUCAGUCAAAUCUAUAUGCACUCCAAGUUGAUAUAAAUAAGCCCGCUAGUAUUACUGGAAUCUAUCUAUUGGAAUUCGGCUCUUGGUCAAGAAAUUAUACAUGGCACAAUGAAUUGCAACCGAUGAGUUGCACUUUAACAAUAAUACCGAUAAUAAUAACGAUAUGAAGUUGGCAGGGGAAACCGGGUUUGACAAGAUUCGCCCGGUGCUGGACAAAAUCCGUAAUCAAUUACUGCUCGUACCUAAGGAAGAAUAUUUGGUGGUUGACGAGCAAAUUAUUCCCACGAAGUGCCGUCACCACUUAAAACAAUAUAAUCCCGCAAAACCUCACAUUUGGGGCUUCAAAAAUUUUGUCUUGAGUGGAGUAUCAGGUCUUAGCUACGACUUUAAUAUUUUUGUGAUACAUAUCCGGAGGGAGCGCCUAAUUUGGGAGUAAGCGAAAAUAUUGUAUCUAGGCUAUCGGCAACCGUACCAAAAGGAAAACACUACAAAUUAUUUUUCGACAAUUGGUUCAAUAGUCCAAAUCUUGAAGUCUACCUUAUGAAAAAUGGUAUAUUAGCUUUAGGUACGGUAAGAAUUAAUCGAGUACCCAAUUCAAAGAUGCCAACUGAAAAAGAGUUGAAAAGCCAAGGACGUGGAAGCGUGGUCGAAAAAGUAGCUAUGAUCGAUGGAGUUCAGCUUGGCCUCUUGGUUUGACAAUAAAGUAGUCAACAUUCUUUCUAGUUACGUGGGAAGCAAUCCUGUUACAACAAAAAAACGAUUCAGUAAGAAAGACAAAAAGUAUGUAGAAAUCAACUCUCCUAAGGCAGUUGAUGUUUACAAUAAUUAUAUGGGUGGCGUUGACUUACUGGAUUCUUUUCUUGGAGUUUAUAGAAUUCAAUUGCGCUCAAGAAAAUGGUAUAAGAAAAUAUUUUUUCACAUUAUUGAUAUGUGCGUAGUGAAUUCAUGGAUUCUAUGGCGUCGUAAGUCAGAUCAAUAUAUGCCACUCUUCGAUUUCAAGCUUUUAAUAGCUGAGCACCUGUGCAAGGCAGGAAAAGUAAAGAAGCGCGGACGACCUGCGAUGACUCCAACUUCAUCCCCGUGUACAAGUAGGGAAGGUACUCCUACUACCAGCAAAAGACGAAAGCGCCAGGAAAAUCCAUUGAAUUCUGUUCGGGAGGACCAUAUUGGGCAUUUUCCCACCUGGAAAAAGCAAAGGCAACUCUGCAAAAACGAUUGUUCUUUCCGCUCAUACACCUUUUGUGAGAAAUGUAUGUCGCAACCAGAUUCAAUAGUUCGUCGAGUCCAGUUUGAUUUGGAAGAAACCCCAUUGGUCUCUAAUUCAACUGAACGACAAAAGGCAGUGUUGAAAGGUAUGUUUUAAAACCCUACACUGAAAAUAGUAAUCGCCCCGAUUUUUAGAAAUUUGUCGUCAAUGUCGAUUUAUUUUAUAAAUAUUGAGUACGAUAAAUUUU